AUGGGUCGCGAAUUACAGAAGAGAAAGAACCGCGCCAAGGUGCCGAAGCUCAAGAAGAAGCGCAAGUUGUUGCGCAAUGGUGAUAAGAAGAUUAAUGUCCUUGGAAAUCAAUUGAUUGCCGACAACUGGAACAAGAAUGAGACUCUUAUUCAGAACUAUCGCCGUCUAGGCCUCACGACCCGACUCAACGCCCCGACCGGCGGUGUCGAAAAACCUCACGGCGUCGAUGCCGUCACAGCAGACAAACUUACAUCUGACACCCUACACAUCACCGGCAACACCGCCGCCGCCCCUAAUGGCACCACACUCUUCGAUCCCGAGGAAGUCCAAGUCGAACGAGAUCCCGAUACGGGCAAGAUCCUGCGCGUCAUCUCAGGCCGUAACGAAGAGGAAGCCGAUGUAAUCGAGGUCGCUGGACAAAAAGUCAAACGCUCAAACCCUCUAUCCGACCCCAUCAACGACAUUGAGAAUGGAAUAAGCUCUCUACACAAAAAGGCCGGACUGGGUACUUCGUCAACAUCAGCGUCGGAGUUCGUGCGUCAAUUGGAGAUGCGUGCGUUGCGGGAAGAGGAAGCUGUUAAGAAGCGCCGGCCACGACAACAGAGUAAAAGGGAGGAAGAAUGGGUUGCGAAGCUGGUUGCACGUCAUGGAGAUAAUAUUUUGGCCAUGGUGAGGGACAAGAAGCUAAAUCCUAUGCAGCAGAGUGAGGGUGAUAUAAGGAGACGGGUUCGCAUAUACAAGGAAAGACGGGCUGCAUAG